AUGUGGAUCAAGGGGUUACCUAUCAAAAUAUCCUUCUUCAUGUGGAGAUUCUGGAAGUUUAAACUGCCUUUGGAUGAUAAGCUUAAAAGAUGGGGGCACCAAUUCCCAUCUAGAUGUUUUUGUUGUCAAAACCCAGAUACUGAAGAUAUAGCUCAUGUUUUUCUACAUGCUCCUGAUUCUCAGGUCAUUUGGAAACAUUUUUGUGGACCAGUGGGGAUAGAUAUCCAAAACUUGCAUAUUACUCAAGUAAUUAACAAGUGGUGGGAUCUAUCAGUACAACCUGAGCUAAGAUACAUCUAUAAGGCUGUACCUGCAAUUAUACUCUGGGAGAUUUGGAAAAGGAGGAAUACUCUAAGACAUGAAGGGAAGAUGACUACUACAAAGCUUAUUUAUCAGGUGAUGCAUACUUUGAUAAUGUUUAUGAAGGUAAGGAGGAGAAAUUUCAAGUAUGCCCCUUACAAGUGGAGUAGUGUAGUGGAAGCCCUGAACAGAUACUCUCAGCCUAUUAAAGUCAGCAUAGUGAUAUGGAAGUUUCCUGAUAGAGGUUGGAUUAAAGUGAAUACGGAUGGUGCAUCUAGAGGAAAUCCGGGGAGAAGUUCUUGGGGUUUUUGUGUAAGGGAUGAGAAUGGGGAUGUAAUACAAGCACAAGCUAAAGAAAUGGAAGAUCAUAUGAGUACCAAUACACAAGCUGAAACCAUGGCAAUACUUCAAGCACUUAGAUACUUGGAUGACAACCAGGCUGAUAGGAUUGUGAUAGAAACAGAUUCCCUUAUACUAAAGAACAUUAUUCAAAGAGUUUGGGAAGUUCCUUGGCAGAUUGCUAACAUGAUGGAGGACAUAUGGACACUUAUAGAUGGGAAAACAGUAGUUGUUGAUCAUAUAUACAGGGAAGGUAAUAAGGUGGCUGACCAUUUAGCUAAUCUGGCUCUUGACAGAGGAGAAGUUGUAGCCAAUAACUUUCAGGAGUUGGAUAGUCAUGGCAGGAAGUUAAUAAACAGUGAUAAAUUGGAAAUACCAUAUUUGAGGAUCAGAAAAUGCAGCAGGACAUGA